CACCAGAAUUUACAGAAUUAGAAAAAUAUUUAAAAUCGAAACAAAUAGAAAGCUUUGUUUACUCGCAAUUUAGUGAAUUAACCCAUAUUGGUGCGGGAGGUUUUGCAUCUGUUUAUUCGGCAACUUUUAAUGGACAGACUUACGCAUUAAAAAGUUUAAAUAAUAAUUUGAGAUUCGAAAAGAAAGAGUUCAAACAAUUUAAGCGUGAGUAUGCCAAUGGUGGCAAUCUCCGAGAUCAUUUACAGAAAAAGCAACAAAAUGGUGUUUAUAAAAUUUCCUGGGCCGAUCUUAUUCGAAUUGCAAAAGAAAUUACACUUGGAUUGGACCAUCUACAUAAGAAAAAAAUAGUACACCGAGAUCUGCAUUCAAUGAAUGUUUUAAUAGAUAAUGAUAAUAAUGAUAGGGCCCUGAUUGCCGAUUUUGGACUAUCAAAACAAUUAGAUUCUGCUACUACUGGUGCUGCUUCAAGCACAAGCGUAAAGGGCUUACCAGCAUACAUAGAGCCACAAUAUUACAUUCGUUAUGAAGAUAAAGUAGAAAUUAAUAAACAAUCUGAUAUUUAUAGUCUAGGAGUAUUAUUUUGGGAGCUCACAAGUGGAAUCCCACCUUUCAAGAAUCUUGGGAGGGAUCAAAUUCCUUUUAAAAUUGCGAAAAGAAUAAGGGAGAAAAUCAUUGACAAUACACCCUUAGACUAUGCUAAUCUUUUUAAAAAAUGCUGGGAUGAUGAACCAGACCAGCGACCAUCUUUAGAUCAAGUUUUAGAUAAACUCGAUAAAUUAUCAACGGAAAUUACUGUAGAAUUUAUUAUUAAUCACAUUAAUAGCAAUAAUACUUCAGCAGCUUUAAAUCCUUCCAACAGUUAUACAAACACUAGCAACAGUAAUGAUGUUGGAGUUGUUUCUAAGAAUAUUUCAAUAACAAUCAAAACGGCCGAAGAGGAGAAUAUUAAAAUUUUUGACUAUAAAGAAUUUAGCGAGCAGCGUAAGAUUGGGGAAGGUGGAUCUGGAAUAGUAUGUGAAGCUAAGUCUUUAAUAAGACUAAUAACGUCUUUACUUUUUUCAAAUUCGAGUAGUCAUUUGUAA